AUGAGUCCCAAUAUAAUAUCUAUAAAACCUUCAAUUGAAAAUUGUGAUCCAAUAAAAAAAUAUCAAAAAUCAACUCCAAUAAAAUAUUCUUUACAAGAAAAUCCAAUAUUAUAUGGAGGUGGUAGAAAAUGGUUAUUACAAUGUUCAAAUUAUAAAAUUUUAUCAAAUUUAUUAGGAAGUGAAAUAGAUUUUGGUAUUGAAGAUGAUGAUAAGUUGAUCGAUUUAUUUGUAUUAAAUACAAGUUUUAUAAUUUGGUUUAAUUCAUUAGAUAAAGGUAUUGAAUUAUCUUAUUUAGAUAUACCAGCUCAUGCAGUAAGGAAAAAUAAUUUUAAUAAAUUAGAAUUAUAUUUACAAUUAAAUCUUGAGCAUAUUGAUGAAAUAUUAGAAUUAUCAUUUAGACCAAAAUAUCUUGAAAAUGAAAGAUUUUUAAAUGAAUCUAUUGAAAAAUUAUUUACUUAUGAAUUUUUUGGUUUUAAUAAAGGUAAUAAAUUAAUUUUUAAUACUUUUAAUUCAAUUGGGAAAUGUUCAUGUUUUCAUAAUUUACCAAAUCAUGAUGGUGAUGAUCAAGAUGAUGAAAUGGAUGAAGAUCCAGAACUUAUAGAUAUUAAUAUAAAUGAUUAUAUAAAUGAUUAUAAUGAUGAAAAUUUAAAUGAAUUUUAUGAUAAUUCUGGUAAUGCAGAUGACCUAAAUACAAAAAAUUUAAACUUGGUGGAAAAUCCUUCAAGUAUAAUGGUUAGUAUUUAUAAUGAUGAUAUAAAUUUAAAAACAAGAUUUAGAGAUGAAAUUGAUGAAUCUUUGGAAGUUAAUAAAAAAAUUAGAAAUUAA